UUUUCAAACAUGAAGGUUAUCGCGAUUUUGCUACUGGUUGCGGUUGCCCAAAAUGCUAAUGGCAUAAGGAUUAAAAACAAGGAAGCUGUUAGAUUUCGCAUUGAAAAUCGCGUUAUUGGUGGUCAGACUGCAGAGGUUGGUUUCGCACCUUAUCAAAUUUCGCUUCAAGAUCCAUUCUAUGGUCAUUUUUGCGGUGGAGCAAUUAUCCACAAGGAUUGGGUAUUGACAGCCUCACAUUGUGUUGUUGGCUCAGAACCGGAAGAUAUGGUUGUUGUUACUGGCACUAAUGAAUGGAAGAAACCUGGUGCUACUUAUCAAGUGACCGAAAUACACACUCAUUGCAAUUAUGAUGUACCUUCAAUGGCAAAUGAUAUUGCUAUACUACGGCUGAAUAGUUCCAUUGAGUUUGAUAGCGUAACACAGCCUGUUCCAUUGCAAACAAAACCAAUGCAAGAAGGUGAUGAGGUAAUAUUAACUGGAUGGGGUUCAACUGUAUUAUGGGGCGGUUCACCAGAUAAAUUACAAAAGGUUUAUCUCAAAUAUGUGCCAUAUGAUAAGUGUUUGGAACAAUUGUUUUAUGAUCCUGAUUUGGAUUACGGUCAUAUGUGUACAUUUACACGUGAAGGUGAAGGUGCCUGCCAUGGUGACUCAGGUGGACCAUUAGUAUCUGGUGGUUAUCUCGUUGGUCUCGUUAACUGGGGCUAUCCUUGUGCAGUCGGUGUACCAGAUGUACAUGCAAGUCCAUUGUUUUACUAUGAUUGGAUACGUAAUAAAAUCAGUGGAAAUUCCCAAUGUGGUUAACUAAAAGAAAAAUUAAAUGUAAAUGUAAUAAACUUGUAAAUAGAUUUUGUUUGAGUGCAUAAGAUUUUGUAUUUACUUUUGUUAAUAAA